AAAAGAAGAACGACAUAAACAUAACCAAAAAAUAUUUGUGUUGCAAUUAUUACCAACUAUAAAUCUCAUUUUUUAGAAAAUGUUUUACCAUAUAUCCUUAGAACACGAAAUAUUGCUUCAUCCUCAAUACUUCGGACCACAAUUAUUAGAAAAAGUGAAAACAAAGCUUUAUACUGAAGUAGAAGGAACAUGUACAGGAAAAUACGGGUUUGUAAUAGCUGUUACAACAAUUGAUAGCAUAGGAGCAGGACUGAUUCUACCUGGUCAAGGGUUUGUUGUAUAUCCAGUAAAGUAUAAAGCAAUAGUUUUUCGUCCAUUUAAAGGAGAAGUUUUGGAUGCAGUUGUUAGACAAGUAAAUAAAGUUGGCAUGUUUGCAGAAAUAGGUCCCCUAUCCUGUUUUAUAUCUCAUCAUUCUAUUCCUGCUGAAAUGGAGUUCUGUCCUAAUGUCAAUCCGCAAUGUUAUAAAACUAAAGAUGAAGAUGUUGUUAUACAUGCAGAAGGAGAAAUUAGAUUGAAGAUAGUUGGUACAAGAGUGGAUGCCUCUGGAAUUUUUGCUAUUGGAACUCUGAUGGAUGACUAUUUGGGGUUAAUUAGCAAUUAAGUAUAACCUAAGUAAAUAAUUUAUAAUUAUUUGUAAGAAUAGUAAUUUUUUGUUAAGAAGCGUAUAGGUAUAUUUUAAAAUAAUUUUUUGUAUGACAAACUUGUCUUAUGUAAUAUAAAGGUAUCAUCUAAUUGUUUAGCAUUAGAUGAAGUAUUUCUACUCUAUCAUUUUUA